AAGAACAAAAAAAAAAAAUACAAAUAAUUUUUUUCUCCGGUCAAGAGUUUGUCUCUUCCUUCCCCUUUCCCUCCCUUAUAUCUACCAUCUUCCUCACAGCUUCUUAAUCAGCAAGAAAAUCUUUCCCUUUGUUAGCCUUAUACACAUAGCCUUAUCAUCUCUUUCUGCACAUUUAUAUCUCCCUCAUACACACCCCCAUUUCGCAUUUCAGGUCACUUCUACAUCGCAUUUUUGUUCCUUUUCUCUGUUUUUAGCGAGUGAUCUCACAAACCCUGUUGCUAUUACGGCUCAUCUGAUCUCAAUAUAAAACUAGACAAGUAGUUCUCUUGCUCUAUUCAGUUCUAUGUUUGUUGCUUUUGAUUCUUCAAUCCAAAGCCUUAACAUAACCAUUUUGUAUACCUCCUUUGCUCACAUAGCCAUAAUCUCUUUGUAGCUACUCUUUGAGUGUGCAAAACUCAUUCUUGAUGGAAUAAUUUCCCUCCGUUUUAUUACUUUGCACCUCAAUUGGAGGACCCAAAUCAUUUCACAGCUUAAUUCUUCAAAAGUAUAGUUGUAGUGUCCUUACUGCAUUUUCCGAAUGGAAUUGUCCAUGGAAUGGGAGCACAAGACUCUAAUAAGUGAGCUAACUCAAGGGAAAGAGCUAGCGAAACAGCUUAGCAAACAUCUUAACCCUUCUUCACCUCUCGAAGCACGUCAAUUCCUAGUGGAUAAGAUACUUUCUUCUUAUGAGAAAGCACUUUCAAUGCUAAAUUGGGGGGCUUUGGCUGCUGAUCAACCAAAGCCCACAAUUGGCACAGUCGAACCACUGCAUUCAUUUGCCAACAGUAGUCCUAGGAGUGAGGUCUCUGAUCAGGAUUGCAAGGAGGAAUGUAACAAAGAUGUUUACAAGAAGAGAAAAAUACAACCUCGAUGGACUGAGCAAGUGAAGGUUUGUUCAGGGACCGGUCUAGAAGGGCCUCUUGAUGAUGGUUAUAGCUGGAGGAAAUACGGGCAAAAGGAUAUUCUCGGAGCUAAUUUUCCAAGAGGAUACUACAGAUGCACUCACCGUCAUUCCCAAGGCUGUUUGGCCACGAAGCAAGUGCAAAGAUCAGAUGAGGACCAUUCAAUUUUUGAAGUGACCUAUCGAGGGAGACAUACAUGUAACCAAGCCUCUCCUUCACCCGUGGCAUCGCCUUCCCCAAAAAAUGAUUGCUCAAAACAAAGCAAGUAUCAUCGUAAGCAGCAGCAGCGUCAAGAGAAACCAAAGCCAACAGAGGAGAUAUUUGUUAACUUUGGAUCAGACAUUGUUCAAGUUAAAAACGAGGACUUCGGCUCUAAGGACGACAUUUUCCCAUCCUUUUCCUUCCCAUGUACAUCAUUCGGGAAUGAAAACGAGGAAAACAACAUUUUCACCGAGUCCAUGUUGGAAAACAACUUCUUGGGUAGCUUUUCUCCAACAUUUAUAUCUCCGGCAACAUCUGAAUCCAACUACUUCUCAAUGUCACCAUGCCAUAUGAACAGCUUUGGAAUAGGUUACCAAAAUGUCCAGACCCCAGAGUCUGAACUCACCACGGAGAUAAUAUCAGCCCCAACUUCGGUAACCAAUUCACCAAUCGGGGAUUUUGAUAUCUCAAUCGAUAAUGUAGAUUUUGAUACCACUUUCCCAUUUGACAACCCAGAUUUCUUUGCUUGAAGAGCUAGGCAGCGCGUUAGUUUUUCCUGCCUCGCCAACAUUGAAAGGGAGAUGGUGUGUCCGAAGUCCUCUGUAGUGCUGGCUUAGAGAAAUUUCCCCUUUGAUCAGGUAGUAAAACUUUUUGCAAACAAUGUAACCUUGUAGCUCAGUUUUAUUCCUCCUUUUCAUGUUAGAUUAAAACUGGAUUCAAGAUUCCUGGAGUGGAUAUUGCAAUUGCAAUACUACGUUGUAAAAUGUACAGAAUCUUGAGUCUAAGUAGUGUUGGUUCACAUUUGUUGACUAAAUAAAGUCUAAAGAAUCCACACC